GGAGGAACCUUUGCGCCAAAUCCACGAUUUAUUCUUCUCGGUUCGUUGAACUCUCCGACCGGGGUGGCUCCGAUUUGCUUCGUUUCUUGGGGUGUAUCGGGCUAGUGAUCGGACGUUGUCGAAAACACAUGGAUAAAAUUGGGAUCGCUGGGAAGUGCAACUGGUGACACACUGUGAAGUACCGAUAGUUCGCGGUGGAGUAAUGUUGAUGGUUUCGUUGACAGAAUUCCGCGAGUGUCAGAUUACCAAGCAGCCGGCCGGCCGAGAACCAUGAUCGAGAAUCCGAUCGCGGUGUCGAUCGCGAAGCAGCGUUGAACGGUUCGAGCCCUCGGGAGCGAUCGAUGAUCAUGCGCGUGAAACGAGCGACCAUCAACCUCGCGACGAGCUAACGAAUUUCGACGGAUCGUUCAACCCCCUUUGGUGAUCAGUUUGUCGUUCGAUCAAGGGCAAAGGAAUCGCGGCCGAGAAGAUGGCGAACGAGGGGUUGCUCUUCGCUGCGUGGUUGCUCUUCGUGGCCCUCGGAGGCGUCUCGACCACUGGCCAGCGUUACACCACCAGCCCCACUCAGGAUCUGGAUAAUACUUUGCAAUCAGUACCACCUCUGGGGCCGAACGUGUGCAGGUCAAGGUACAAAAAUUACUGUUGCCCAGGCUGGACGAAGAAACCCGAGACCGGGUACUGCGUAAUUCCCGUGUGCUCAAGACGAUGCGGCUCAUUGGGCAGAUGCAUUAGGCCAAAUAUUUGUUUGUGCGAGGGUGGUAGCGUGGCCUCAUCUUGUGGCAGCAGUCAAACCAAAGUAACUUCCACGAACGAAAAUGGCAACGCACUGGAUAGGGUGGAAUCUGGAAGAUGCAGGGUGCCUUGCAAACAUGGCAACUGCGUGGAUGGCAAGUGCCAGUGUCGCAAUGGAUAUCAGGGAGAAUUCUGCAGUGAACCUAUCUGCCGAGAGCCUUGCUUGAAUCAAGGAAGAUGCGUCGGUCCAGAUCGCUGUGCCUGCAUCUACGGAUACACUGGAAGACAUUGCGAAUCAGAUUACAGAACUGGCCCGUGCUACACCAAAGUGAGAAACGGGCAAUGUUUGGCGAACCUUCAGGGUGUCGUUUGCACGAGGCAAUUGUGCUGCGCCACCGUAGGCAAGGGCUGGGGCCACCCUUGCGAGAGGUGUCCUGCCAGACUGGACUGCGAGUUGGGACACUUGAAGACCAAUCAAGGUCAAUGCGUUGAUAUCAACGAGUGCGAGGCGAUACCAGGCCUGUGCGAGGGUGGAAAAUGCGUGAACUCACCUGGCUCGUUCACCUGCGAGUGUCCAGAGGGCCAGGCCAGGGAUCCCGAGACGAACGCUUGCAAAGACAGAGACGAGUGCCAAGAAGAAGGCAUCUGUGUCGACGGGAGGUGCAUAAACACAAACGGUGGCUACUACUGCUUGUGCAAUCCAGGAUUCAUCCAAAGCCAGGAUCGACGAUUCUGCAUCGAUGGAAGGCAAGGGCUGUGCUACACGUCGGUGAACAGAAACGGUCAAUGCAAAAAUCGAUUGGCAAUGAGGUUGAGCAAGAAAGACUGUUGUUGCGGUAAGAACAUGGGUCGAGGCUGGGGUGACGAGUGCUUCAUUUGCCCCAAUCCCGGAAGUGACGAUUACAACAGGCUGUGUUUGCAACAACUGCAGCCGAUCACCGCGAUAAACGAGUGCGUGCUGCGUCCGGACAUUUGCGGAAACGGGAAGUGCAUCGACACGAAGGACGGAUACGAGUGCGAGUGUUAUCCAGGAUUCACCAAGAAGGCUGGGAGAUGCGAGGACAUCGACGAGUGCCAAUUGGACUACUGCCAGGGUGGCUCCUGUCGAAAUUACGAGGGGAGUUUCGCCUGCAACUGCCCGCCAGGAUUCGUCGUCUCUGGAGAGGGCAAAUACUGCACUGACCACGACGAGUGUCAAGACACAGGCAUGUGCAACAAUGGCCACUGCAUCAACAUGAAUGGGUCCUUCAAGUGCAAGUGCAACGACGGCUACGCGUUGUCUCCUACAAAGAAUACCUGCAUUGAUAUCAACGAAUGCGCCGACAAUCCAAGGAUAUGCCUGAACGGCAGAUGCGAGAAUACGCCUGGAUCGUACCACUGCAUUUGUCAAUCAGGAUUCACAGCCUCGCGGGACAACACGUUUUGCGUGGACAUGGACGAAUGUUCCACGAGUGGAAUGUGCGAGAACGGGAAGUGCGUGAACAUGGAGGGCUCGUUCAAGUGCGUCUGCGAUUCUGGGUUCCGGAUUGGACCUGAUCAGAGUCAUUGCAUAGAUAUCGACGAGUGCCUAAGCGGACCGUGUCAAAAUGGCCGUUGCAUCAACACAGCAGGUAGCUUCCGGUGCGAGUGUCAUCCCGGAUUCAAUUUAGGACAAGACGGAAGGUCUUGCUUAGACACGAGAAGGGACUUGUGCUACUCGCAGUACAGGGACGGACAGUGCUCGAAUCCGACGUCAACAGCAGUAACGAAAUCAAGUUGUUGUUGUUGCACCGUGAUUCUGGGGCAACCUAUGGGUUGGGGCAGUACCUGUCAAGCUUGUCCACUUCCUGGAACGAGUGAAUUCGAGGCGUUGUGUCCUCAUGGUGCUGGAAUGACCUACAAUGGAGAUGAUAUAAACGAGUGCGCGCAGAAUCCCAACAUUUGCGUAAACGGCGGCUGCGAAAACCUUAUGGGAACCUAUCGAUGCAUCUGUGACAGCGGGUACGAAGUGGACGCCACUGGAAAAAUCUGCACCGACAUAAACGAAUGCGAACUGGAGGAUUCGUUGUGCAGCAGGGGUCAAUGCCGAAAUACACCUGGUAGCUUCCAGUGCAUCUGUCCAAGUGGCACGAGGUUCAAUACAGAGGAUCACAUGUGCGAGGACAUCGACGAAUGCGACGAACUCGGUCCAGACGUCUGCUUAAACGGAAUCUGCUUGAACACUGAGGGCUCCUACGAAUGCGAAUGCUCACCUGGAUACAUCCUCGAUCACACAGGCCAUAUUUGCAUGGACAACAGGAAAGGCUCCUGUUGGACCAAAAUGAUAGAUGGUCGGUGCGAGUACAAUUUGCCAAGGCUGGCUCUGAAAUCGGAGUGCUGUUGCUCCGUGGGGGUUGCUUGGGGUAGUCCUUGCGAGAUUUGCGAUCAAUCUCUCUGCGAGUGCUCGAAGGGCUACGCGAAAUCUGGGGCGAAGGAUUGCGUGGAUGUAAACGAAUGCGAGCUGAACACUGGCAUAUGCAAGGGUGGCGGUACCUGUGUCAACACCGAUGGAUCUUAUCGAUGCGAGUGUCCCCCUGGCUUGACUUUAGACGCAUCGCAUUCCACGUGCAUAGACACGAGGCAGGAGACGUGUUUCAUGGAGUACCGUCACGGGCAGUGCUCGAAUCCCAUCGAAGGACAGUUUUCCAAGAGCCUCUGCUGCUGCUCGGUUGGUCGGGCGUGGGGUAGCGAACGAUGCGAGUCCUGUCCGAAGCCAGGCAGCCACGCACACACGGAAUUGUGUCCAAGAGGGGAUGGUUUCACCGACAAACUCGAUAUCAAUGAAUGCGUCGAGUUCCCUGGGAUGUGCCUGAACGGAAGGUGCAAGAAUACCGUCGGCAGUUACAGUUGCAAGUGCAACCAGGGCUUUGCGUUGGACGAACAUGGAAUCAAGUGCAACGAUAUCGACGAGUGCGAGAUCAUGCAUGGAGUGUGUGGAAAUGGCACCUGCAGGAAUACACCUGGGAAUUUCCAGUGCGAGUGCAGUCCCGGCUAUCGCAGCAGCGAUAUAAUGAAGAUUUGUAUGGACAUAAACGAGUGCGAGGAGACUCCAGGAUUAUGCCUAGGAGGUACCUGUCUGAAUACAGAGGGCAGCUUCAAGUGUCAGUGUCCACCUGGCCACGAGCUGGGCCCUGACAAACAGUCCUGCAAGGACAUCGACGAGUGUUCGAGGACUAGUGGGAUUUGCUCGAAUGGCGUCUGCGAGAACAUGAUGGGCACGUAUCAGUGCAUAUGCGACGAUGGUUACCAGCAAACUGGAUUGAAGUCCCACUGCGAAGACAUAAACGAAUGCGCGGCUGCGAACGGAGGCUGCGAGGACAUCUGCUUGAACACGCCUGGCAGUUUCUCUUGCUCCUGCAGCACUGGCUAUGCCUUGAACCUCGACGGUCGAUCCUGCGUAGACGUCGACGAGUGCAAAGAAAAUCCACGGAUUUGCAACGGUGGUAAAUGCAGCAAUAUCCCUGGUGGAUACAUAUGCACCUGCACCGAUGGUCUGCUGGCUGGGAGGGAUGGUGCAUCCUGCAUAGACGUGGACGAAUGCACAACGCAACCCAACAUUUGUGGUUACGGCGAGUGCUACAACACAGUCGGGUCGUUCAACUGUCGCUGCGAGGAAGGAUACUCCGUGAAACCGGAACAAGGUCCUGGUUGCACCGACGACGACGAGUGUCUCCUGAACGCGUACUCCUGCAGCGAGUUCGCGGAGUGCCAGAACACUCAAGGCUCGUACGAGUGCACCUGCCACGAGGGCUUUAUAGGCAACGGGGUCGAGUGCAGAGACGUCAACGAGUGUUUAACGAACAAUGGAGGCUGCGACUCCAACGCUCAGUGCAUCAACAUGGAGGGAUCCUUCAAGUGCGUCUGCGACGCUGGCUUCAGAGGCGACGGCUACGAUUGCAAGGACAUCGACGAGUGCGCGAACGACAACACCCUCUGCGAAAAUGGCCACUGCCUCAACUACCCUGGCUCGUUCCGCUGCGAAUGCGAGAUGGGCUUCAUGCACCCGGACGAAAACAACGACCAGACCUGCGUGGACAUCAACGAGUGCGAAAUGUUCAACAACUUGUGCGUGUUUGGCCGGUGCGAGAACAUAUUCGGCAUGUUCCGUUGCGAGUGCAACGAUGGCUACAAGCUGGACGGGUCUGGAGGGAAUUGCACGGAUAUCGACGAGUGCGAGAAUCCCCAAUCCUGUCAGUAUGGCACUUGCAUAAACACUCAGGGCAAGUACGUGUGCAAGUGUCCGCCUAACUACGACCUGGUCGAGGCUGGGAAUGCUUGCGUGGAUAGGCGAGAGUCGUUCUGUUUCACCGGUUAUGAACACGGCACUGGAAGACCGCAAUGCAUCUUCGACGUGUCCUCAUCGGUGACGAAGGCGACGUGUUGCUGCAGCAUCGGAAAGGCCUGGGGCAACCGCUGCGAGGAGUGUCCUCAAGUUGGGACGAAGGAAUUCGAGGAGCUGUGCCCUGGAGGGCCUGGGUACAGGCCUAACCAGAUCACCGUGAUCCUGGAGGACAUCAACGAGUGCGAGGAACACGAGAACAUCUGCCAAAACGGACACUGCACCAACACUUUUGGUAGCUUCAUGUGCUCCUGCAACGAGGGCUUCAUCUUGGACGAUACCAAGACCAGCUGCAUUGACAUCGACGAGUGUGCCCUGCACCCACACAUAUGUGGCGUGGGAUACUGCAUCAACGACCAAGGAAAGUACCACUGCGAGUGCCCAGAAGGAUACAUGGCAAUGCCAGGAGGAAAGGAGUGUGUCGACAUGAGGAAGGAAUCGUGCUACCUCGGCUACGAGUCUGGCGAAUGUUUCAACCCCAUGAUGCAUCCCCAAACGAAGAUGCUGUGUUGCUGUUCCAUGGGAGCUGCCUGGGGCAGUCCUUGCGAGAAGUGUCCUGCCGAAAGGACUCGCGAACACGAGAUUUUAUGUGGCAUGGUACCUGGCCAGAUAAUGAAUCCUAUAACCAAUCACACCGAGGAAAUCGACGAAUGCUCCCUCAUGCCGACCAUGUGCACGCAUGGCCGUUGCGUGAACACACCUGGCAGCUUCGAAUGCCAGUGCGAGCGAGGCUACGUGUACGAUGAGGACUCGCAUCAGUGUAUCGACGAGAACGAGUGUCUACAGAUUCCCAACCCCUGCAGCGGCAACGCGCAGUGCAUAAACAAGCAAGGCUACUUCGAAUGCACCUGUCCAGCCGGAUACAAGCUUGGAUUGAGUCACCGUGAUUGCGUCGACAUCGACGAGUGCUACGAGAGACCUGGGAUCUGCAACAACGGCGCCUGCAACAAUUUGCAGGGCAGCUUCCAAUGCGUCUGUCAUUCUGGCUUCGCGCUCACGCGGGACAGGGACAAUUGCGUGGACGUCGACGAGUGUCAGCGGAAUCCCAACAUCUGCAACAAUGGAACCUGCGUGAACACGCUCGGAGGGUACAAGUGCAUCUGUUAUCAGGGCUUCAAGCUUAGUCCUAACAAUGAUUGCGCUGAUAUCGACGAGUGUCGAAUCAUGCCCUUCCUCUGUCGCAACGGGAGAUGUCGAAACACGAUCGGCGCCUUCAAUUGCGAGUGCGCUGAUGGUUACGUGCUGGCUCAAGAUGGACAACAUUGCAGGGACAUCGACGAGUGUCACGAGAUACCUGGAUUAUGUCCAUCGCCAGGAAAGUGUCAAAAUUUAAUGGGAUCCUACAUAUGCACCUGUCCACCUGGUUACGAGCUGGACCACACCAGGAAGAAAUGCGUUGACGUUGACGAAUGCGUGGAGACCCCGGGUAUCUGCGAGAAUGGCCGCUGUCUCAACACGGAUGGAGGAGUCAUUUGCGACUGUCCCGUUGGUUUCCAACUCAGCGACAAACCAAAUUCGAUGCGUUGCAUCGACGUGAGGGAGGAAUCGUGUUACGACAGUUACUCGCGAGGCCGUUGCUCUUAUCCCAGAAAUGGCGGGAUGACGAAGAAACAUUGCUGCUGUACGAUGGGGAAGGCUUGGGGAAGAUACUGCGAGCAAUGCCCUCCCGAUAACAGCGAGGAGUUCAGAAGACUGUGCCCCGAGGGUCCAGGCAGAGACGACACUGGGAUCGACCUGAACGAGUGUCUCUUUAUGCCAGACGCUUGCUCUGGCGGCGAGUGUAUAAACACCGACGGUUCCUUCAGGUGCGAGUGCCCAACGGGAUACGUUCUGGACGCGAGUGGCAGACACUGCAUCGACAACAACGAGUGCCAGACCGUCCAGAACAUUUGCGGCAACGGAACCUGCUCGAACAUCGACGGUGGCUUCGAGUGCUUCUGCAACGAGGGCUUCACUCCAGGGGUGAAUCAGGUCUGCGAGGACGUGAACGAGUGCCUGGAGCUCGGCAACCAGUGCGCUUUCAGGUGCCACAAUGCGCCUGGUUCCUUCAGGUGUAUUUGCCCUUACGGGUACACUCUGGCUCCUGAUGCGAGGCACUGCAUAGACGUGGACGAGUGCGCCACGCCAGCGAACAACUGCAAGUACCAGUGCAAGAACCUCAUAGGCUCCUUCAUGUGCAUCUGUCCGCCGGGCUACCAGCAAAUUGGCAUGACCGACGAGUGCAAGGACAUCAACGAGUGCGCGAUCAACUCUGGCCUGUGUCGAAACGGUCGUUGCGUGAACGUGGAGGGCAGUUAUCAGUGCCUCUGCUACGACGGCUUCCAACAGAGCCCCGAUGGAAAAUCUUGCAUAGAUCGCAGGGUGGGUUACUGUUUCCUGCAAACCAUCGGUGGUAGGUGCACAGCUAGGACCUCGGACUUGAAAACGGUGACGAAGGCAGACUGUUGCUGCACGAUGGGCGCUGCUUGGGGACCUCAUUGCGAAAUUUGUCCCACCAAGGACUCCGAGAACUAUAACGAACUGUGCUUGGACAAAGGUUUCUCAGUGGACGGUCAAGAUAUCGACGAAUGCAAGACGAUUCCUGACUUGUGCAGCAACGGACUGUGCAUCAAUACGCUUGGCUCCUACAGAUGCGUUUGCAAUAAGGGCUACAAGGCUGACAAGUCCGGAUCUAAAUGCGUUGACAUAAACGAAUGCGAGGUCACUCCGAAGCCCUGCAAGUACAAUUGCCAGAACACCGAAGGAAGUUUCACCUGUUCCUGUCCAGCUGGUUUCAUCCUGAAUCCUGACGGUGUCAGCUGUAGAGAUUUGGACGAAUGCGCGACUGGCAAUCAUCUGUGCCAACAGAACUGCGUGAACACUCAAGGCAGUUACACUUGCGGCUGCCAAGAGGGUUACAAUCAAGACGGCGACACUUGUCACGAUAUUAACGAGUGCGAACAGCAUGGGACCUGUCCGAAACCUGGCACUUGCGUCAACACACUGGGCAGUUUUCGGUGUAUCUGCCCGAGAGGAUUCAAGCUCGAUCAGACCGGCAGAUAUUGCGUCGAUCAGAACGAAUGUGCCGAUGACACAUCCUGUGAACACGGUUGUCAGAACUACAUGGGAAGCUAUCGCUGCGGUUGUCCCGACGGGUUCGUCCAACAUCUCUACUACAAUCAGUGCAUCGACGAGAACGAAUGCAAUACAUCCCCCUGUGGAGACAAUACCUGCAUCAACACGAUUGGUAGCUUCAAAUGUGGUUGUCCCGAUGGCUACCAGUUCGAUCCUAAAGUGCAAAUGUGCAUUCAGGUGAGCGCCGGGUGCGUUGGAAGUCCCUGUGCGUUUGGAUGCACCCCCAACGGUCCGAACGGAUUUAUUUGUGGAUGUCCCACUGGAUAUCAGCGAAUUGGACAGGGCCACUGUCUAUCAACGAUAACACCCCUAUCGCAAGGAGGCUAUGGGGAGGAUAUUAGCAACGCGCCCACCUUCGUCAUCAAUCCAGAUCCUUAUCACAUACCACCGGCGGACGAUAAGACGAUAUCGACGGAGGGUUGCUUCACUUGCAAGAUCAACGGCAAGGGAAGGCACAGAAGAGGCGCGAGAAUUAGGUUGAUAAACGAUAUCAUGAUAGGAAAUAGGAGCGAAAUUGCGAAGAGACGAGUACCGAGGUCUGCGAAGAGGCAUCAUCACGGCGAGGAAUUCGUUCUGAAGAUCAGUUUGCGACAGACCAGGCACAGGAUGAGAAUCAUCAAGCUCCAGCCGGCUAUCAAGAACGACGAGAUAGAGUACACGAUAGCUCGAGGAGACAAGGACGACCAUUUCGAAAUCGUGAAGGAACACGGAAUCUGGGCGCUCCAUUUCCGCAGCCGAUUGAAGGAACCCGGCCAAUUCCGAUUGGUUAUUCACGGACGGUCGAGAAACGGCAUCGCCGAGGAGAACGAAGUCUGGGAAAGGCCUCUCACCCUCAGAGUUCACGUAAUAGUGACGGAGUAACGUUUAGGGGUUCGAAUGUAUCGGUUCCAUUAGUCAAUUUUCUCAUUGCCACGCGAGACACCGAAACAGAAACAAUCCCGUGAAAAGCGAGAUGGAGGGCCGAGUAUUACGGCCAGGAGGAUUCAAUCAUGCGGAAAAGUCGCGAAUGCUUUAAAUUUGUGUUCAUUUGUAGCCAGACUUGCGUCGUUUCACUGCCAAAUAAUUGCGUUUCUUUUUUUUUUUUCUCUCUCUCGUUUACGUAGUUGCCGUGCACUGCUGCAACUGAUACUCUUCUUUAACACUGCCUUUGCCUUAUGUGUUUUAUAUUUUCUUUGAUUCUUUGUUAAGCUACCUUAGUCGACACUUGACGUUCCUCGAGGCGCACGAGCUUUUACGACGGGGACGAUAUAUCCUGUGAAGUUUCAUGUUGGGUAUUAACAGGUUCAUUCUCGGUAGAGUUCUAUCGUAGACGCUGGCUACACGUCAUUUGAAAAGAGAGUACCAAGUAUUUAUACCGCCAUGUCUCUUCAACGAUGAAUAUAGCCAGCGUGGAACUUUCCCCGCGGGUCAUCGAUGACCCACGCAACGUGUUAACGCGAAAUCGAAGCGGCUCGGGGACGAUUUUAAACGAUGUGUGCCAAGAAAUCGAGUACGUGGAAACUUGAUACUGCCUUCUGAAUGUCUGCCAUAAGUUACUGCCCGCUGAUAACAUAUGAAUUAUUACACGUAGAAAUAACACUCUAGGGAUGUACAAAAAGAAAUGAAUUUUUUUAUUACGCCUAAGAUAAAUGGAGAAAUGUAUACAUACACAGAUAUAGCUUUAUAUAUUUAUAAACGUUUAUGAACAACUAGCUGGUAACGAAACGAAUCGAUACCGACUGGUGCGGAGAACGUGGACCAUGAUUUUUAUUACAAUAGAAUCAUCAGGUUCUCGAAGACCACGCCGAACGGUUGAAAAUUUUCGUUAUACCGUCGAAACGGAGUGUCUUCGCGACGAUAAAGAGAAUUAUGUAAGGAUAGCGAUUCUAAUCGACCCGAUAGUAUGUACAAUUUGAUUAACGGCGAACGUUGUGUGACCUUAAUUAUCUCAUUAAGUAGCAAACACAGGGUGAGGCACGCGAUAGCCGUUACGAUAGAUGUGUGAAUAGAAAUCAUUAUCGAUAGUUUUGUACAAUUAGCGCGGAUGCGAAGAUUAUUCCAGCCGAGAUGGUUCACAAAUAUAUGUAUUAUAAAUC